AUGGCUACUCGACGAAAUCAUUGGGAGCAUUGGGGAUCGGUGCCUGGCGAAAUCCGUAUGCAGUUCCAAACGGUGCCCUGCGCGGGGUCCACGCUUACCAAGUACUGCCUUUGUUUUUUGUUGCGCUCCUUUAAUUUGUGCUGCCUUUUUCACGCUUUCCACGUCGCUGUCGCCUAUCACCGCCGGAGCCAAGCCAAACGCUUGCCAGAAGUCAACUCCAAAAUAGGACUCCUGCUCCAGACGCCGUGCGGACUACGGACAGGUAUUUCUGGACAGGCACGUCCAACGCCUCGACCAGCUCCCUGUAACCUUUGCCCAGCAGGCUGGCAGGCUCGCUCCCGUGUCCAACAAACCAGUCAGCUGCUUGGUCAGGACUCGGACUUCGGCCAGAACAGGCGCCGUUCUGUUGCCGGCUCCGCAAUUCCAGCAGCCCGCUCGGAACGGAUUCCUGGUCUUGGCCCGCAGGUCAUCCACCUCCAGCCCAUCCGUAUCCUCCUCCGCUUGCGAAAGGACGGCCUCGUUCACUCUGGUUUUUUCGCCGGAACCAAAGCGCGGUUGCUGCCCGUACGUGGCGAGUCCCUGUCGUCCGAAGUUGCGUUCGACUUCGAUGCACUCGCCCCGCAGCUCGUCCACCGCGAGAGGCCAGCUGCUGCUCCCGCUGCAGGAGUUCGUGCAUCUUCUCAUGCCCGGUUUGGCGACCUCGGAACCGGUCCAUCAGUGAGGCACGCAACUGGGACCACCGAUCCACCCUGCUAUGCCGGACUUGGACCCAGUUCCCAGGUGCCUGAGCACCUCUGCCCACGAGCAUUGGUACUGCCUCUGCAGGAACUCCGGAAGACGAAGUCCUCCACCGAGUUGCGGUCGUCCUCGCCGUCGAAGAACACUCCCCAUCGAACUAUCCGGACCUUCUGGCUGCCAAAGUCCUGCCCCACGUUGGCAUAUAUAUGCGGUUCCUGGCGGCAAUCGACAGCUCGGCGGUCCUCGAUGUGCUGGCUCUGCGUACCGGCGGCGUUUCGCCAAGCUAGCCGAGUCCACGACUGGUGCGCGGUCUUUCAUCUCCGGCAGUUGGUCCACCGCCGAGCCAAUCCCUUCGAAGUCCAUCUCCGGGGAGGUUCCUGGUCCAUCCUGGUCUCCGUUCUCAGCGUCUCUCGCAGAUGGGCUUGUGGAGUCCUCGACAACCCCAUUGAAAUGCGUGGUACACCACCUCCGGCAGCGCCCUCGUCCUCCAAGUACCAUGUUGCCUCGUCAUCCCCGGCUAAAGGAACCUUCGAUCGAAGAUCGUAAUUGGAAGGCAUCGUACAGCACAACAAAAAGAAAUAUAUAGUAACAUACCUACACCC